CAACCAGCUACUGGCGUGCUGCUUGCUCGUGCCUGGUAGUAACCGGACACAACGGGUAAGCAAAACCAGAGUAUGUGUCUCCUCGUUUAAGUCCAAGCAAGCAGAGCAGCAAACCAAGAACAGGAACCAAGCAAAUAACAACCAAGAAGACGAAGGCAGCAAGAAGAGCUCUUCACAUGCUAGAUGGAGGGAAGGGAGGGCAUUGCAGUGGCAGGUGACCAUGAAUCCGUCCAUGGUCUGUUAAGAGCUGAGAUAUCCAUGACAGAGCCUCAAGAAGCAGCAAAGGGGUACCAGUCCUCUCCCUCCUCGCCGUCGACGUCCCCCACACCAUCCCCGCCAGCGGCUGCGGCUGGCCAUGGAGGGGACGCCACUGCAAUUCCACUUGCGUGGAGUUUGGGUGGUGAGAAGCCGAGUGAGGCUGCUGGGGGGAACAACGGCAUGCAGAUGGCCGAGCAGAGUGAGCACGCCAACUUGAGCUCCGGACGGCGUAGGGGCCGGCCGCGCGGUUCCGGGAGGCGCCAGAUCCUAGCCACCCUAGGGGAAUGGUAUGCGCUGUCAGCUGGAGGGAGUUUCACACCUCAUGUCAUCAUCGUGGGUACUGGGGAGGAUGUGGCGGCGCGUAUAAUGUCGUUUUCUCAGAAGGGUCCACGCUCAGUGUGCAUCCUCUCUGCCAAUGGGACAAUCUCUAAUGUAACAUUGAGGCAGCCGGAUUCAUCUGGUAGCACCUUCACCUAUGAGGGCCUUUUUGAGAUUCUACAAUUGAUGGGCUCUUUUACAAUGGCUGAGGAAGGUAGGAGGAGAACCGGUGGGCUCAGUGUCUCUCUUGCUGGCCCUGAUGGCCGUGUAGUUGGCGGUGUAGUGGCUGGGAUGCUGCGUGCUGCCAGUCCUAUACAGGUGAUUGUAGGGAGCUUCCUGCCCAACAGUGUGAAGCAGCAUCAGAGGAGGAUGAGCUUGCAACAACCAUCUGCUGCUCCGGCACUGCCGGCACCUAUGGUUCCCCCUCCAGUGCUCACAGCGGCAAUGCCCAUAUCUCAGGCAGCUCCAGGUAACGGCUGCCAUGCACCGCCAGCCUCCGCCACACCCCAACAAGCCCAUGCCAAUGCAUACCACAUCGCAACUGGGACGAACUUGAACACCACAGGCUUCACUAUGGUUGGCUGGCCUGCAAGCUCACAGUCCACGGCGCACAGGACUUCACCUGACAUCAACAUCUGCUUGACUCCCCAGGAGUAGAAUCGGUUAUGGUUGCCAUUUUUUGUCUCCUCAUCCCUGACACAUUUUGUAGGCAUGUCUCUCUCUGUCCAUGUGUGAUACUUAGCCGAGCAGCCAAGUCUGCUUAGGUGGAGAAGCUAAGCUAGAAUGCUGAACCAAGAUCAGUAGAAUGUGAUAGAUGCUCUAAUGGACUAAUCUGUUUAUCUUUAGGAGAUGUCAAUUUGUUUGUUGUGACUUUGGCCAUUACUCUACCAGUUAAUUAGUCCCUUCAUCAUCGUGCCUUGCAGCUAUGCA